UCGUUCACUCAGUGAGUAGGCAAUAGAAUAGAAUCUAAUUAUUUUCGUUUUGAAUACCUACUGUUUUCAUUUAUGUUAUUGUGUGUUAACCAGUGUAUUUAUGUAAGGAUACGAAUAUUCUACAUAUUAUAGUUUAGAUUUUGUAUAAACUAUAAAUUUAAGCUAUGGAUCUCGAAGACAAUGCCCUGGGCCUAACCCAGGAGCAAACUGACAAAAUUUUGCAGUUUCAAGACCUUACAGGAAUCGAAGAUAUGUCUAUAUGUAGAGACGUUCUGCAGAGGCAGCAAUGGGACUUAGAGGUGGCAAUUCAAGAACAGUUGAAUAUUCGAGAAGGACGCCCGUCGGUGUUCGCGAUAGAGGCGCGAGCGCCGCCCGUGGUUCAUGAUUACAUAGCACAACAAGUUUUCACAGAUGAGCCGGCAGAAGGCCCAGGGGGCGUCCGGGGCCUGUUCCGAUAUGUUGUCAACCUAGUUGUAUCAAUGUGCUAUAGUACAAUAACAUCAGUAUUAAAUCUGUUGUUAAGUUUCGUCCGCAAUGAUGAUCGGAGAUUGGUCACAGAUCCCCUCGGUGAUGUGGUAGGCUUCAUCAACAGCUACACAUCAAAAUACAACCAGCACCCGGUGUUCUACCAGGGCACGUAUGCGCAGGCGCUCAACGAUGCCAAGAAAGAGCUUCUUUUCCUAAUAGUUUAUCUGCAUUCUGAUGCAGCUGCAGAAACACAAAACUUCUGCAGAACUACCCUAUCAGACCCAGAUGUGAUAUCGUACAUAAACACGCAUGCACUUUUCUGGGGGUGCUCUAUUGACACGGCCGAAGGCUGGCGGGUGGCGCAAUCUGUCGGCGGGCGGCGCUACCCGCUUCUAUGCGUGGUGUGCGUACGAGAUCACCGCAUGACCGUGGUGGCGAGGAGCGAGGGGGCGUGCAGCCCGCAGCAGUUGCUGCAGCGGCUGCAGCGCGUUGUAGCGGAUAAUGAGCUGCAUCUCGUCGCAGCGAGGGCUGACAGGGUUGAACGCGAAGUGACGCAGCGUCUAAGAGCGUCACAAGACGAGGCCUACGCGGAGUCGCUAGCCGCCGACCAGGAGAAAGAGCGGCGGCGCGAGGCCGAGCGCUCGGCGCGAGCCCAACGCGAGGCCGAAGAAAACAGGCUGCGGGAACAGGAGGUGAAUAGGAAGCAAGAGGUGUCGGCAGCUCGGGCGGCGCUGGCGGCGCGGCUGCGACCCGAGCCGGCGCCGGGCGCGCGCGCCGUGGUGCUGCUCAUCCGCCUGCCCGGCGGCGAGCGCCUCACCCGCCGCUUCACCACCGACACCACCACACAGGACUUAUACGACUUUGUCUUCAGCCACCCACAGUCCCCAGAAGAGUUUGAGAUUACGACGAACUUCCCAAAGCGUACCAUACCCAAGGGCCCGUCCAACCUCGUCGAGGUCGGCCUCAAAGAUAGGGAUGUCCUAUUCGUCACCGACAUGAACGCUUAACCAGUGAGUUAUGUGAUCUUAGAACUGAGCAAUGUAGUGAGAGUAUUGACGUAAUACUUUAUUUAAAUAUUUGUGAUGUUCCACGGCUAAUGGUACUUUAUGGCAGCUGGCGCUUACGUCGCAUAGCGCCGCAACAAUAUUGGAGCGGCGUUAAUAAUAGCGUAAGCGCCAACCGCCAUAAGGUACCUUUACCCGCGGGACGUCACAUUUGUGAAUGUGUAUUUAAAUCCUUUGAGUCUUUAUACUUUGACGUUUAUUCCAUCCAAAUUGAGUUGAACAGAAUAACCAUCUGAAUAUUUUCAAUUUUGAGGGCUUAAAUGGUUUUGGUACAUAUUUGGUUUUGCAUGACACUGGCGUUUAUUGCCCUUUGUACUGCAUCCAUAUGAGUCAGGGUGGUAGGAAAUUUUAACCACUCAACGCGUUCUCACAUUAAGUGUAAAAUACCUUCUCGAAUCCACUCAAUGUACCGUUCUGGUAUCUAUUUGAAUACCACGGAUAGAUAACGCGAAUGCAAGCAUGUGCGCAAUUUGGAACACACCCGACAACCCAUGAAUAUACGCAAUACCAAGGGCAUAUACUCAAACGUGCUUGCACUAUUGAAAUUGUUUUUUUAAACAUAAUUAGGGUUAAUUGACCAAAAGAUGGAUAUAGGCGCAGUUCCUCUGUCUAAUGGAUAUCAUUGUUAUGAAUCGGUUUAUAAUAAGUAACUAAUCGACACUUUUGUCGAACUAUGAAACUCGCAAUAAAGUUGAAGCGUUACGAGUGAGCUUAGCGGGCGGUGAGUUGUUUUCUAGAAAAAAAUGGCUUUUUUGGAGUUCAUUAGUGAAUCAAAAAGAGGAUUAAAUAAAAUUCGCCACGUUACAACACCAAUAAGUUUUCCCAGAAAGGCAACACAAUAAUAUUUCAUGAUGUCGCGGAGUUGAACUUCUAAUUGAUCCAUUAUGUUAACACGAAUACUGGCUUUAAAUUUUUUUUGGUACCUGCCCUUUAAUAACGAUCGCCUUAAUCUGAUAUGAUCGAAAAGUUGCAAAAAAUCAACACAUGAAAUCCGAAUAUCGUUAAACUAGGAAUUGUAAUUGUUCAAAACCAAAAUAUCAUUUUUGGUCACAAUUUUAGUCUUUAAAAUAAUACAUAUAGGAAUUAGAUGUAAAAUAUUUAGGUAAAGAAACUACGGUCGUAACGAAUGGUGGAAGCAGCAAAAAAAGAAAUCAUACUUAUUAAAAAGACAUUUAAAUUAUUUUUUUUAUUUCAACACUUCUUUGAUACCUUUUUGUGAUUACGUACUUAAUAAACGAAUGUUUAUUUCCAUUUUUACUAAUGUUAAUCUUCCUCUCACUGGGCACAUAUUAUUAUUAUUUUUAUUCCGACAAUUUUUAUUGUAUUUGUAAAAACAAUUGGAAUCACAUAUUAUAAUUAACCUUCGAAAGUUCAAAAAUUUAGUACCUAUUAAUAAACUAACUGCUAAAAGGUUAAUAUUAGUGCAUGCACUUUGAAAUGUGAUAUAUCUGUAAAGUAAGUUUGAUAUUCAUAAAAUAUUAAAAUAUAUGUCCAAAAUUAAAUUCAACUCUUUCCUAUGGUUGUAUAGCGUCAAUUGUUAUGUUGUUUGUUUUUGUUUUGAUAUAUAGCGGACUUGUUUUGUUCAAUUUUUAUUCCAGCAAAGAAAGAUGCAUAAUAAAGAAUAUCGGAUGUUAAAUUUAAGUUGUCUUUACCGAAAUAGAUUUAUUUUAUAUCUGUAUGUUGAUAUUAUUUAUUGUGAACCUACUCUAAGUGGUCAAUGUAGAGGUAAACUUAUGUUGUAAGAUAGCACAAUUUUAUAUGACGAUUCUAAAUUACCGUUUAUAGUUAUCCGCGGCUUCCCCCAAUGAUAUUUUUCAUUUGUUUUAAUGGUAUGUUAGGAAGUAGGUGCAUUUCAUUUGACAAAAAAUCAUACUUUCAUAUCUUUCAUUAGCUAGUGCUAAUAGUGCUAUGGAAUAAUAUCUUUAGGCCCGGCGCCCGCUAACGGUAAGGUACGGCACGGCUAGGCAGCCUCAACAUGCCUAAGGGCGCCUCAGUUUACUGCCGGCCCAGCCAAGGUUACAAUCGCUAUCGCUUCGACAACGAAAAGCAUUGUCCCUCUAUCACUCUUCCAUAUUAGCGCGACAGUGACAGUUGUGUUUCGAUCGCUACGGAUCGUAAGCGAUUGGCAUCUUGGCUACGCGGCCUGGUUGCUACGCGGCACAGUAUGCCUUUGCCGAUAGUGGGCGCCGGGCCUAAAGUAAUUUUAUUCAAAACCAUUUAUGCACUAAUAGAAUUUUCACUAAUCUGAAAUACUGAAAGCAUAUUAUGACCUCGGUUUUAAAAAUGAACUAAUGCAAUAAUAAACUUUUGAUUUAAAGUACCGACAGAUAUAAUAACUAACACCCGGUUCCUAUGUGUGAUGCGCCUUAUAUAACAUUUCAUACCACUGCAUUUUCGUUCCAGCUUUUGCUUAUAUUUAUAAAAGCAUUGUGUAUAUUUGUCAAAACUACUUUAUGUAGAUAUGACCGGUGAGAAUGGUACGAGUGUGGUGUAACGGACAGUGGCUGGGCCUGCAUUUACGAAAACGGACUUUGUAAUAUAGUUUAUUGUUUGGUUGUAUAAUAAUUAUGUUCCUUCCAUAAA